AUUCCUCUCCCUCCAUCGUCUUUCAUCCAUUCAAAGAAACACAAAAAUGCAUCUCUCUACCUUUCUCCUCCUCCUCCCCCUCCCGUUCCUCCCGGGGGUGUUCUCUUCCUCGCUAGACACCCUCCGCUUCAAAAACUGGGACCUCCGCCUCUUCACCCCGGGCUGCAACCCCAACACCACGAGCCUGGAUCUCUCCGUCUUCCACGCGCAGGGGGUAUCAGGCACAGACGGCUGCACGCCCCUCGACAGCAGCGUGAAUGUAUCCUCGGUGGAUAGUUUCUCGUGGAAGAGUCCGGGGGCCACGCGGUAUGAUCUGUGUUUGUAUGAGGGGUGUGGGGAGGAUGGCACUGGGAGGGUGGAAGUCGUGAGGGAUGGAUGGGAGGUGUGUGUGGGGUAUUGGGGGUGGAGGGGGUGGAGGGCGGUGGAGGCGGAUGGGGCAUGUUAG